AUCCAGUGAUCCCUCCCUGUCAUCCAGUCCCAGCCUCUGACAAACAGAGGCCAGAAACACCAUUCCUUGGCUAAUAUCCAUCGAUGGACCUAUCCUCCAUGCAUUUAUCUAGCUCUCGUUUGAACCCUAUUGAAGUCUUGGUCUUUACAGCAUCCUGUGGCAAGGAGUUCCACAGGUUGAUUGUGCCGAAAUACUUCCUUUGGUUUGUUUUAAACCUGCUGCCUAUUUUGUAUAUGUCAAACAGUGCUAGGAAGCUCAGGGGAGGGGGAGCAACCCCCAGGCUGGAAAGCAACAAAGGAAAGGGAACGCCUAUCUGAUGCCAAGUCCCUGUAGCCCUGGGCUGGACUCGGCUGGAAUGAGCAGCAGAUCAAGAAGCUGGGCUUCCGACGUUUCUGCCCCGCGGCCGUUUUCAUGGUUGCUUGAAAUGGUCGAUGGUCUGUCUUUUAAUGAACGGGAGCAGCCACUCCCCAACCGCGAUCAAUGGAGCACCUUCCACCCCCAACGGGUUCAGCAACGGGCCUGCCACCUCCUCCACCGCCUCCCUGUCCACCCACCAGCUCCCCCCAGCCUGCGGCGCCCGGCAGCUCAGCAAACUCAAGCGUUUCUUGACCACCCUGCAGCAGUUUGGGAACGACAUCUCCCCGGAGAUCGGGGAGCGGGUGCGCACACUGGUGCUGGGCCUCGUGAACUCCACGCUGACCAUCGAGGAGUUCCACUCCAAGCUCCAGGAGGCCACCAACUUCCCGCUGCGCCCCUUCGUCAUUCCCUUCUUGAAGGCCAACCUGCCCUUGCUGCAGCGCGAGCUGCUCCACUGUGCCCGCAUGGCCAAGCAGACGCCUGCUCAGUACCUGGCCCAGCAUGAACAGCUGUUGCUGAACGCCAACGCCUCUUCCCCCAUCGACUCCUCGGAGCUGCUCCUGGAGGUCACCGAGACUGGCAAGAGGAGGACACCAGAUAGGACCAAAGAGAACGGCUUGGACCGAGACCCCCUGCACCCCGAACACCUCAGCAAGCGGCCGUGCACCAUGAGCCCGGCGCAGCGCUACAGCCCCAGCAACGGCCUGCCCCACCCCCCGCCGCCUCCGCCGCAGCACUACCGCCUGGAGGACAUGGUCAUCGCCCACCACUACCGGGACACCUACCGGCACCCCGACCCCCGGGAGCUCCGCGAGCGCCACCGGCAAGCGGGUGAGUGGCGGCGGCGGGGGCCGGGGCCCCCCCGCGGGGAACGUUCGGGGGAUGGACCUGGCGAGCCAUCCCCGGGCAAGCCCCUCGUGCAGCACAUGCCUCUGGGGGGUGGCACGGGUGCAGCGAGCCCCCAGCAUGAGCCCCGCCCCAGGGCCUCACCGGGGCUCCCCCCGCCUGCUCCCCGGCAGCUGCUGAACUGCAUCAUGGACAUGGUGGAGAAGACGCGGCGCUCCCUCACCGUGCUGCGCCGCUGCCAGGAGGCCGACCGUGAGGAGCUCAACCACUGGAUCCGCCGCUACAGCGAACUGCCCUGCACGCGCCCUUUGCCAGGCACAGAGGAGAACCGGCCCAGGGCGCGGCUCCGGCAACUCGGGGCGUCUCUCCAAGGCUGGUUUCCCCUGUGGGGCUGUCUGCCGCUGUCCGUCUGGGCUCUGAAGGUGCCUUGGUGUGGCUUUGCUGAGGUUGGUGGCGCGUCACUUCUCCCUCUCUCGUUUUCAGACACGCACCGGGAGUUUGUGCCCCGGCCCCUCUCUGGCUACAUGCCCGAGGAAAUCUGGAGAAAAGCCGAAGAAGCUGUGAACGAGGUGAAGCGCCAGGCCAUGUCUGAGCUCCAGAAAGCCGUGUCGGACGCGGAGCGCAAAGCCCACGAGCUGAUCACGACCGAGCGGGCCAAGAUGGAGAGGGCCCUGGCGGAGGCCAAGCGCCAAGCGUCCGAGGACGCGCUGACGGUGAUCAAUCAGCAGGAGGACUCGAGUGAGAGCUGCUGGAACUGCGGGCGCAAGGCCAGCGAGACCUGCAGCGGGUGCAACACGGCCCGCUACUGCGGCUCCUUCUGCCAGCACAAGGAUUGGGAGAAGCACCACCACGUCUGCGGGCAACCUCUGCAGGGCCUCCAGGCCUCUGCCGGCGCGGCCCCUUCCUCCGGGGUGGGCUUAGGGGUGGGCUCGGCUCAGCCGGACGUGGCCGCCAGCACCUCCCUCAGCAGCGUGGCCAUGGCGGCCAGCCCCAGCGAAACCGGCUCGACGGCUGCGUCACGCUCCGGCACGCCGGCCACCCCAGCUCCUCUGGAAACGGCGUCCCGCUAACCGGCCGGCCAACAGAGGGGAACGAAUCCGAGAAACCUACAGACCGUUGCUGCUGCUACCGCUUCUCUCCAAAAGAAAAACUAACUGCAUUCAAUGCAACUUCCUCAGCUACCUGACUUCUGUGACCUCCAAAUGACCUCUCGAUCUCUCACAUGUAAUCCUCACGGCUCCUCAAACCGGGCUUUAAGUGGAGUUAAGGCAAAUACCAAUCUUCUCUGUUCUCUCUUCCUUUCUUUAUGAUUUGGGGAGUUAUCGUUGCUGUUGGUUUGUUUGUUUUCUUCUUUUCGGACAAGGAAUUUGUCCGCAAACUCUACGCAUCUUCACUCGGGGAAAGGAAAACCCACCCGUCUCUGUCCCGCCGAAGAUACGCGUGUGUGCGUGAAAUAUCCCUCUCAGUGCAGCUGGGGGAAGGCACGAUGAAGGAUUUUGAUUUUACAAGGCAAGAAACUUCUCUUCUUUUUUUUUUUUUUUGUAAAAAAAAAAUAAAAACUAAAAACAUCAAACUCUUUGGCUUUAAGUAAAAAAAAAAAAUCCAAAAAACAAACAAAACCAAGUAAAGGAAGCUUACCUGUAAACUACCUUGCUAGCUAGCCAAGAACAUACCAGACUCACCUCUGCUCCAAAGGAAAUCCAAAAACAAACAAACAGAAAUAUCCAAACCUUUUUUCCACUGCCAAAGUUGUUUUGGUUUCUGUUGUUGGGAGGUUUUUUUUGUUUUUUGUUUUACUUUUUCAGUUGAUGGUUUUGGUUUGUUUUUCAUGACGCAAGGAGCAGCACUUAUCCCUUUCAACCAAACCACAACGACUGGCCAAAGGCGAGCCGGCGCGCUUGGACUCCUUGCAUUCUUUGGUGGGGUGGGGUAGGGUGGGGUCUUGCGCUGGCCUCUCAGCAGCGACACGUACCUGGAAGGAGGAAGGACGCGCAUCUGUGGAGUUAAAGAAUUUUAUUAAAAUAAAGAGAAAACAAAACGAAAAAAA